AGCGCUGCCGCCAAUCCAAGGUGGGAGAGCAGCAACGUCAAAGAAACCCCCCGAUUCAGAACCGUAACAAACGACGACGAACUCGGGCGCCAUGGCCAUCUCACCUACCCAAUUCGCUGUUACCACGCGGCAAUCGGCCAAUUGGGCCGACGCGAGAAGCAGAGUGCUUACAGCCUAUCGGGCAUGGAUUCGGGCGGCGCCUGAGAUCCAGACCAUGUACUCGAUCCCCCAACCCGUCUCCGCCAUCCGCACCCGCAUCAGACAGGAGUUCGAGCGUCACAGAUUCGUCAACAAGCUCCCCGUUGUCGAUAUGCUCCUUUUGCAGAACAAUGCCGACUACCAAGAAACCAUGAACUUCUGGCGUCAAACCACACACUUGAUGAACUACUUCAAGGAGGAAAACUUCAGAGGCGAGAAGAUCCUACCCUCAAACUUCGUUUCCGGUUUCCUGGAGGGCCGCAACUAGAAUGGGUGCCUAUCACACCCUCUGUUUUUGAUGUAUAUAAAGAGCAAUGCCGCAAUUCCUUAAAAAACAAGCAGCUGUUUUUGCACAUCCGCCCAUGAUAAAGUGUCCCC